ACUCCAGUCUGUCAGAAACUCCUCGACCUUUGAGACCUGCAGAGCGGGAGAGAAAGACAUAAACCAGGUAAAAUAGAGACCAGAAUGGCCACAGAUUUCACUCAGGACGCGGUGUUACAUUUUCUCCAGAGCAGCGGAGGCUCGGUGAAGAACUCGGAUCUGCUUCUGCACUUCAGGUACUUCCUCCGGGACCAUGCGGACCGGAGCCGGAACCGUGAUCUCUUCAAAAAGUUUGUCAACUCCGUGGCUACCGUCAAACAGGAGCAAGGCGUAUCUUACGUCAUUCUCAAGAAGAAAUUCAAAGGACAUGUACCCGGAGGAGGUGGAGUGGGUUCCUCCGGACCGCGACGGCUCCCCGCCGGGAGGAGCACCGAGUCCUCCCCAGAGAGCGGCUGCCCGAACAAGGCUGGGAGCAGAGAGCAGCCCCGGCUGAAACAACAGCUCAGGGAGGAGACAACACCCGCCCCGCUGGGAGACACCGCUAAGAAAACAAUCCUACCUGCGGCUGGGAUCAUGCUCAACAACAACAACAAUUUGGAAACAAAUUUGAACCUGAAACAGCAGCAACAGGUGAUCAGCACACCUAAGUCUGCUAGACCAGCAGCUGCUCAGGUGGUGAGUCACUCUCAGAUCCCAGAGAAGACAGAGACAAAGACCCCCAGUCUGCCAGAACCUCCAACCCGGGACCAGCGCCCUAAGGCGGGACAGAACAGGGUGGGGUUUGCCCUGCCUCCUGGGAUCACACCUGCAGUCAGACAUCAUGGAGCAACCAGCAAGCAGGUCCCAGUCCCAGAGACCCCCAGAGGAAGGGAGGCCAUUCAACAGCCUGAGGGAGGUCUUCAUCAGGACCCUGCUCUUCAUCAUAUCAGUCUUCAGUCUCAGGUCACCCCACGCCGCGCCAGAUGCAGGAAGAGCUACAAAAGUGCAGUCUCUCAUGAUGAAUAUGAGGAGGAAGAGGAGGAGGUCCCAAUGAGGCGGGGCUCAGCAGGAGCAUUGUGGCCCCUGAGCACUCCACUUGGGCACUCAGAGAGGGUCCUCUCUGCCUCCUCACCAUGCAUCAUAGACCCGCCUGCGCCUCCCUCCGUUGUCUCCUCCUCCUCUUCAUCAGAAAGGAAACCCCCGAAAAUUUACAUCCAGGAUGUGGAAGGGGAAACGUUGCCCCCUCGUGGCCCAGGGUGGAGCUUAGAGUCAGGGGCGGAGCUAAGAGGACAGUGUGCAGGGCCAGGGCGGGAACCUGCGUCUGUCCCGGGUGACACAAUGUCCACCCGAUGCAGCCUGCCUUUAGAGGCAGAGCGCCACAUGCCGUCUCUAGACCAAGCUGAGGAGGUGGCGCUGCACGGCAGUAUGCGCCCGGAUCACCGAUACACGCAGCCUGCAGGUGUGCAGCUGGAGGCCAGGCAGGGAUUGAGUCAAAGUCAAACAGGUCGCCUGUCAUCUAGUCAGGGCAGCAUCUUGUCCCCCCCAUCUGACGCCAGCUUCAGCAGUGACUGGCAGUCCUCUGACUCCCCCAGAGGUUCAGAGUGGAACAGCAGCUACGAGGAUCUGCAGGCCAGAGCAGGUGAGACUGUGGGCGUGCCUAAAAUCCAGGAAGUACUCCAGCGAGCCCAAGCACCUAAACCUGAGUCUGUGAUGCAUCGUGCUGAUAGUAAAACCACAACACCAUGGCAUCCCUCUACAGGCCAUCUUCAUAAUGACCAGAAGCCUACAGUCUGUGUGUCGCCAUUGCGUCAUUCCACCGACAAUCUCCAUGACAACCAGCAGUCUACACCCUACGGACUGCCAUGGGACGGCUCCACAGGUGAUCUCCACCACGACGCCGAGGGAGCAGAGUCAAGCGAGGGCUCUACCUGUUCCCCGCCAGUGCGACUGCGCCCGGCGGUAGCCAAGCGGCUCAGUAGCAAGCUGAGGAGCCGGAUGUGUCGCAGCCUGGGCGCCAACCUCGACCACCUGCUCGAGGAGGAGGAGAGGAGAGGAGGAGGAAGAGGAGGAAGUGAAGCAGCUCGGCUGAACCGUCUCCACCUGAUCUCGUCCUCACUCAGCCUUCAUUGCAACCUGUCGUCCUCCUCGCUGUCGUCCUGUUCCACUCCGCCUCGCUGCCACAGCCUUGCCGACCUGGUCGAGGAUGGGGAGAGGAAGGGAGGGAGGAGGAGCCUCCCAGCCGGCACCUCCUCCACCGGUGCUCCACAUGUUAGGCAGUCGCUGGUUCCUCUGGAGCCCAAGGAGCACGUCUGGCUGGUGAAGGGGGCAGAAGGCGUUUGGCCCGACAUCUACUCCCUGUUCAGAGAGGACUCAUCCCUGCUCAACAGAAGAGAUUUCAUCUCUGGAUUUACUGUGCUGCACUGGAUUGCCAAACAUGGUGACCACAGAGUCCUCAAUACCUUAUGGUAUGGAGUUCAAAAGGCCGGUUUGACCUUCGACAUAAAUGCCAGGUCAUCAGGUGGCUACACACCUCUCCACAUCGCUGCUAUCCACGGCAACAAGAACAUCAUGCGGUUGCUGGUUAAAAAGUUCAGUGCUGACGUGAAGCUGAGGGACACAGCGGGAAAAAGGCCGUGGCAGUACCUGAGCCGCACUGCACCGCCGGACAUCUUCCAGCUGCUGGGGGCGCCAGCGCGGGCCAGUCUAGGAGAGGGGGCAGGAGCUGGGAACAGUAGCUUGGAACAGCAGCAGCAUCGCCGUCGUCGGCGCCACCACCUCUCCUCUGCUUCCUCAGGAGAGAGGCCACUGACCAUUGCAGGCUUGACAAAGGUCAAAAGAUCUUCGUCAUUUGCUGCGUUCCUCAAACACAAAACGCUGCGUCAUCUUCAUGGACAUCAGUCUGACUCCUCUGUUUAAAAAAUCUCAACUGACGGACAACAUUACUGUGGUUUCUGUAGAGUUCUGCAACCUGAUUGGACCAGCUAGUCAACUGAACAGCUGUUAGCCAUCCAGCAGGUUUCACAAACAUAAAAGAGGUUUGAAACUUGAAUUGGGUCAAACCACAGCACGACCAUGAUCAAAAAGUGGCCAAUAAUCUGCCUCUCGUGUUCCACUGUCAGAUACUCUUCACAGAUGGAUUCCUGACAGUGACUGUCUUAUGCCAAAGUCGUUAAUGGCAUGUCGCUGCUGUACUACAGAUACCACGUCUCACUGGCUUUAAAAACAAGACUAAGAAUCUACAGGUGGUCAAAACACACCAAAUAAAAUGCAGUGUAACAGUUGUAGUUUUGUGAUUAAAACUUUGAUACAUUCCAACAUGCUAAUCAGCAAGGGCUAAUAUUCAGCUACAGCUAGUCCCACUAGUUUAGCUAUGCAUUAGCAUAUUGUCUACCUAAAAGGAGUCUCCCAUAAGGGCCCAGUCAGACCAGCAAUUAUACCUGCAAAAAUGAAUUCAUUUCUGUGGAAUCACUGCAAUUCCAUUGAAAUUAUUGCAGAUACGAGUCAAUCUGCAUGACUUGUUCCCUAUCAUUAAAACUUGGGGAAUCUGGAUACAAAUUAGUGGUUAGCGUUAAAACGUCCAAGCUUGCUAGCAUGUCACCAGUUAGUUCGGCAGCUACAGUAGCUCAUAGCUAGCCCCCAGGGUAGCCGGCUAUGUCACCAAGCUACCAGCACCACGUUUUUUAAAUUUUGCUUUGCCACUUUCAGUUUGAAUGCUACCAGUCUCAAACGGGACCUGCUAGCAAGGAAUAGUUGACUGUUUAACUCACCAAACACCCAGGAUUACAUUUCAGGAGUUACAGUCAUCAGUUUAAAAAGAACAUGUUUCUGAAAGUUGAUGUUGCCUUUUUGACAGUAGUUAUAUACACUCUCUUUCUUGGUACUUUCUCAUUUAUGGAUAAAUGUUCUUCAAACUGUCCAAAGCCACUCAAACUGUGUGUGUGGUUUCUCUGACUUAAUAUUUAAAAAGGUAUUCAUCCUUUUCAGCCAAAAACCUUGAGCGCAGUCCAAAUAACUGCGGGGAGCAUUAGUUUCUGCGACUGAGAAAAGAUUUCAUCACAAAGUCUGCUGGAUCUGAGACAUGUGAUGGCUUAAAGCGAGAGGUGAAUUGCAAGCACUUGGCAGAGCGGAACGGUUUUCAAACUGAUUGUCUGAUGUCAUUGUUACAUAAAAAAACAGAAACAGGGGGAAGUUUACGAGCCCUGGGGACACGUGAGCUCCAGUUUCAGUCUGAAGCUGUGAUUCACUCACAGGAGAUACAAUUAGAGUUCAAGCACAGUCAGCGACAGAGACGAUACCACAGCGUCACUCACAUCUGAUCUCUGUUCAUUUACUUUACAUUCCAUCACUUUUUAGACUGAUUUCCUUUCUUCCAUUUCUAUGAAAAUCAACUUGUAAACAAUCUAAACCUGGGUAGGUAGUGGACAAAAUAACAUGAACACCUGGGCAGUAGUUUUUGUAAAAUUUUCAGUUUUUGUUAUUGGCACAGAGUCAAAGGUGUUUUUCAGUUGGUGAGGUGAUUUAAAGGAUAUUUCUGGUUUAUUACAACGUGGGUCAUGUUUUCCGAGUUUUGUCAAUCAUUUCUAUCAGUAAAAAUGUUGCAUUUACCAGCUGAUAUCUGGGAACACGGUGAUCUCGCCAAAAAGAAAUCUGACAGGUCAAGAAACAUGAUCAGACAUGUUAGCAACAAUGUAAACAGGUUAGCCAAACAUAUUUAAAGGUGAAUCGGGGAAUAGUCAUCCUAGCUGCUUGUUGUAAACACCCAUGACAGAUUAAAGAACGACUUCCUUCUACAACUUUGAUUUAUUGUACUUUCCAUAGUUGUGCGACAGUUUUCCUGUGUUCUCCAAUGGUAUUUACUGAUAUUUCAGGUGCUUUCACAUUCAGUGAAAGCACCUACUUUCAGGUGCUUUCACUGAAUGUGAAAGCACCUGAAAGUACCUCCAAAUUAAGUGUUUUAGGUAAUCUGGAUAAACUGUUGGGUGAAACUGUGUUGUCACCAUGUUCACAAUGUUAUUGUUACUGAUAGGACUGAUGAACAAAACUAAGAAAAUGAGAUCUGAGUGUGUGAUGGUGUUGUAUUCAGUUGCACUUUUUUGUCAGGUGUUUGUGUACUACGUUCAAGUGCUCUGGUGAUGAUUUAACAGAUUUGCUUUUUAAUUCGAUUUUUCAACAUAGCUUAUUGAUGCAACGCUUGCUGCAAAUUCUCAGAUCCUAUAACCUCUCACUAACACUUGAACACAUUACAUGACUAUAACAUAACUCUCACAAAAACCAGACCGGACAGGAUGUUGACUGUGGUGGGUUAUCUGUUGGAGAUCAGUCUAAAAACUGAUGGAGAAUGUGGAAAAUGAUCAGCAGGGAUGAGGAAGGAUUCACAAUUAACGGGGUAAAAUGUAUAAAAACACAAGUAUUGUCCUUUAAUAUUCAUUACCAGGAUAAAUCUGGUCUGUUUUAAAUUGUAAAUUAUUCUAGUAAGUUGACUGUAUUUUGUUUUUCUAUAUAGUAUUUUUGACACCACUGGACAAAGUUUAUUCACUGAAUAUUAAAUAUGUUUCACAGCUGGA